GGUUCCAGAGCCAGCAGCUGCGAUUCUCGAGACCCCCCGCGAAAGGCCAUGGUAGCCCCGCGGAAGCCCCGGCUGCUAUUCCGGACCAUGCUCCUGGCGCUCUUUUUCCUCCCUCAGGCACGGCCGGCCGGCGUCUUCGAGGUGCAGAUUCACUCUUUCGGGCCGGGCCCUGGGCCCGGGGCCCCGCGGUCGCCGUGCAGCGCCCGGGGUCCUUGCCGCCUCUUCUUCCGAGUCUGCCUGAAGCCAGGGGUCUCCGAGGAGGCCGCCGAGUUCCCGUGCGCCCUGGGCGCGGCGCUGAGCGCGCGCGGACCCGUCUACACCGGGCAGUCCGGAGCGCCCACGUCUGACCUGCCGCUGCCCAACCGCCUAAUGCGCGUGCCCUUCCGUGAAGCCUGGCCGGGUACCUUCUCUCUCAUCAUUGAAACCUGGAGAGAAGAACUAGAACAGCAGAUUGGAGGACCAGGCUGGAGCUUGCUGUCGCGUGUGGCCGGACGGUGGCGCCUGGCGGCCGGGGGCCCGUGGGCCAGGGAAGUGCAGCGCGCAGGCGGCUGGGAGCUGCGCUUCUCGUACCGCGCGCGCUGCGAGCCGCCCGCCGUCGGGGCCGCGUGCACGCGCCUCUGCCGUUCGCGCAGCGCCCCCUCGCGGUGCAGCCCGGGACAGCGCCCCUGCGCUCCUGCGGAGGACGAGUGCGCGGUACCACUGGCAUGCCGAGCUGGCUGCAGCCCAGAGCAUGGCUUCUGCGAACAGCCCGAUGAAUGUCGAUGCCUGGAGGGAUGGGCUGGGCCCCUCUGCACGGUCCCGGUCUCCACCAGCAGCUGCCUCAGCCCCAGGGGCCCAUCCUCUGCCACAGCUGGAUGCCUCAUACCCGGGCCUGGGCCCUGUGACGGGAACCCAUGUGCCAACGGGGGCAGCUGUAGUGAAACAUCAGGCUCCUUCGAGUGCACCUGCCCCCGUGGGUUCUACGGGCUGCGGUGUGAGGUGAGCGGGGUGACAUGCGCGGAUGGACCCUGCUUCAACGGCGGCUUGUGUGUAGGGGGCGCAGACCCCGACUCUGCCUACGUCUGCCACUGCCCGCCCGGCUUCCAGGGCUCCAACUGCGAGAAGAGGGUAGAUCGGUGCAGCCUGCAGCCGUGCCGGAAUGGCGGGCUCUGCCUGGACCUGGGCUAUGCCCUGCGUUGCCGCUGCCGCGCAGGCUUCGCGGGUCCACGCUGCGAGCACGACCUGGACGACUGCGCCGGCCGCGCCUGUGCUAAUGGCGGCACGUGCUUGGAGGGCGGUGGCGCGCGCCGCUGCUCCUGCGCCCUGGGCUUCGGCGGCCGCGACUGCCGGGAGCGCGCCGACCCCUGCGCCGCGCGCCCCUGUGCUCACGGCGGCCGCUGCUACGCCCACUUCUCCGGCCUCGUCUGCGCCUGCGCGCCCGGCUACAUGGGCGCGCGGUGUGAGUUCCCGGUUCACCCCGACGGUGCGGAUGACCGCGCAGGCGCACUUUCCGCGGCCUCACCAGGCCCGAGCCAGGGGGACCCCCAGCGCUUCCUUUUGCCGCUGGCUUUGGGCUUGUUGGUGGCCGCGAGCUUGGCCGGCGCUGCGUUCUUGCUGGUCCACUUGCGACGCCGUGACCCUGGCCGGGAUACUGGGUCUCGCCUGUUGGCAGGGACCCCGGAGCCACCGAUCCACGCCCUCCCUGAUGCUCUCAACAACAUGCGUACGCGAGAGGAUUCCGGAGAUGGCCCGAGCCUGUCCACUGAUUGGAGUCGCCCGGAAGAUGGAGACUCUCGAGCGAUUUAUGUCAUAUCUGCUCCUUCAAUCUAUGCUCAGGAGAAUGAGAAUCUCUUGAAGGUUCUUAAAACCAAUUACCAGUUCUGA